AUUCUUGAUGAGUCCGAAUCCUCCGUUAAUACCGAGGAUUCAUCGGAGUACAUGGAGACAACAACGACCGACGACAUCUCCGAUGAUGAUGAUGGGUCGAUCUCAGACGAGGAAAGUCUCAUAGAGCUCUCCUUACCGAGCGGCCACUACCUCGGAAACUACGGCAAUGACGACAAUACCAUCAAAGGGUACAGUAACAAGAACAAAAUGUAUCACAAGAACAUCCAAGACUUGAGGCUGUUUGAUCAGCUUUUGGUCGAAGAGGAUAACCUGAUCGAAAUCGACAUCUCCAUUGGAUCCAUCAAGUGUUCGAGGUUUGAGAUCCCAGCUUGAUGGACAUACUACGCUUAGUAUUUUUACAUCCAAUGGAAUAUAUAUAUAUAUAUAUAUACUCAAUACAAUGUAAUUAAUUAAACCGUUGUUGUUUUUUUGCACUGCACGAUAUGGUGUUAUGUUUUGUUCUUAAUUGUUUGUUUGAUUUCUGCCAUUGUUAGCUACAACUCUUGUA